UCGGCAAAAGGGAGCCGAAUUGCCCUUAACAACAACAAGAGACAACAAUGUCUGGUCUAGGGCAGGACGACUUCCGGAAGCUGCUGGCUACUCCGCGCGCAGUCUCGCAACAACAAACCCCUCGAGGCAACCUUCUCACUCCAAGGUCGGUCGCCUCGAAAGAACCGGUCAAAGAUGCCGACGGUUUCGUCCCCCCAGCGCCCGUGAAACCCAAAAAUAACUGGAAGCCGCAGAAAAAGUCGAACAAUGAUGGGGAGGAGGAAGAAGGGACGGGCAUAGUCUAUCGAGAUCGGGCCAAAGAGAGGCGGAAGGGCGUCAACCCGGACUACGUCGAAACGGAACAAAUGCUGGCCGUCCUGAACGCCGGUGAACAGCCGCAAAUGUUUGCUGCUGGAAAGGAAAUGGAGCCGUCGACGCCUAACGUAUCGUAUGCUCAGAGUAAAUACCUUGGAGGAGACGUGAAGCAUACGCACAUGGUGAAAGGGUUGGACUAUGCCCUGCUGGAGAAGGUGCAGAAAGACCUAAAGGAGAAAGAUAUCGAUCGCAAGAAGGAUGAAGAGGCCAUGGCGUAUGUUGAGCAGAUGCAUGGGGGCGGGCCGACAACUUUCCUGUCGAUGUUUGCCAAGAAUGUCUAUGAAAUUGCGGUGAACAAAGCCAAGAUUGAGCCGCCAGUGCGGAACGAGAUGUUUAUACCCGGGCGCAUGGCCUUCUGCUGGGAGGCCGAUACUAAGAACGAAGCAGGCGAGAUCGUCUCGUCAAGCGAUAUCCCGACGACUGUUAUCCGUAGCAAAGCAGAUCUCAAGGACUAUGACAAGAACUUCGUCGUGUCUAGCAAUGAUCUCGUCAUCGAGAAGAUCAUCUCGGUCAUUGCAGCGGCGAGAGAGAAUACACCGGGGGCGGCAACGGAGAAGAAGCGUGUCAAGCGGAAAGAUAAAGAGAAGGCGUUGGCUGAGGCCGAAGCGGCUAGGAAAGCGAAGGAAGAAGCCGAGCGCUUGCGGAAAGCCGCAGCAGCCGACUCUCAUGCGGAGUCAGAAGAGGAAGAUCCCGAUGAGGAUAUCUUCGCUGAUGUCGGGCGGGACUAUGUUCUAGAAGUCAAGGAUCGGGAAGGCGGACCAAUGACAACAUACAACACCGAUAAGCCUUCGAAACCUCCAUACUUCUUGAACCCAGAUCCCGAUGCCGAACAAACAAAUGGAACCGGUAAUCCGGACGCGAUGGAGAUUGAUGCACCUCCCGUGUCAAAUGUCCUGCAAAGCAUAAUACAGCAGAGUGUCGGCAUGGUCGAUUCGCUGGAAGGAACCGGUGCCGCUCAGAAGCUAAUUGAGCAAUUAAGAGCCGAAAACACAGGGGCAGCGGAAGAGUUCGGACCACAAGACACAUCGCAAAUAAAACUCCCGCCCCGCGCAUCAAGACGACGGAAACGAUUUUCAAAAGACGUUGAGGCAGCUGCCGCGAACACAGAGGAAGACCACCUCGCAGACUUGGCCGAUCUGGACCACUCCGAGAGCGACGGUGAAGAGCCCGACCUGUCGCAGAUGGAUAUGGGAGUCAAGCAAAACAAACGAUCCCAACUUCAGCGCUUCGAUUUUGACACCGAAGAGGAAUGGCAUCGCUACAAGGACGAACAAGUCCAUCUGCCGAAAGCGGCGUUCCAGUUCGGUGUGAAAGCGGGCGAAGGACGUAUGAAGGCCAAUAAUGCGAAGAAACGCGGUGGAGGGGAAGGGAAGGAGAAGAACUAUGAUGCGAAGUUCAACAAGGAGUUCCAGCAGUUGAAUAAGGUAUACAGUAACAAGUACGGGACGGAGCUGGAGUCAGGUGGGGCGGGGAAGGCUAGGAAGAGCAACAACAACAAGCGUCAGAAGCGAUCUUAAGAGAUAGAGGGAUAGGUCUUCUCGAAGAGAAUCUGUGGAAUUGGAAUCAUUUGUAUAUAGAAGACCACGUCGCAUGAAAAUAUGAAU